ACCCAGGAUAAUUCAGGACAUCAACAUCGAAUCGGUUCCAUUUUUUCCAGAAUUAUAUUCAAGUGAUGUCGGGUUUGACCAACCCCCGUAGACUGGCGCAUACAUCGCAGGAUACGAGUAGUAUCACAUCGUGGUACCAGCCUCGCCAUGAUCCCUCGAGUCCGCAAGAUAUAGCCCACGAAGCGUACCUCAGCGCAUGCGAGUAUCUCAAGACAGAGCUUCGAGGCUCUCCCGAGCUUGGCGAACUUCUCAACAGCAAGACGACGAUCAACGAGAUCAGGGCUGUUGUCGACUCACUUCGGGAACGAUAUGAUGCAUCUACAAAGUAUGGGAGGGUGCGGAAAUGGCUCCGAAUUUUCUCGAGCAGGAUCAUGUAUUAUGGUCAAGUCCUGGACAUGUUAGCGCAACACCAUCCAGAAUACGUCUCUCUCGCAUGGGGAACUCUGAAAUUCAUUUUGAUGGGUAUCCUCAACCACGCAAAACUCGUAACCGAACUUGCAAAAGCGAUAGCCAAAAUAGGAGAUGUCCUACCGCAGGUCAAGCUCAGUGCUGAGCUCUACCCAACGCCCACGAUGAAGAAUGCCAUUUCGCGACUUUAUGCGCACAUACUUCUGUUUCUUCAGCAAGCAAUGAAGUGGUACAACAUGAGUCCAGCUAGAAAGGCGGUCUCCUCCAUAUUCCGGCCAUUUGAACUACACUACCAAGACACGGUUGAUGAGGUUAAACUCUGUGCUCAGAUGGUCAAUGACAUUGCUGGCAUGGCCAAUCGCGCUGAGCUGCGGGAUGUUCAUAUCACCAUUCAAAGUCUUGACCAGCAGUUGCGGCAAAGGGAUUCCAAGCUCCUCGAGAUGCAGGUGCAGCUUAACCAUAUCCAAGAAAAGCUCGAUAUCUCAACGAGUACGAUAUUGGAGGUGGCUACCAGAAACAAAGCUAUCACUGAGAGUAUUCACGUCGAAGUGCUGAAAGUAAAUCCGGCCAUACACGAUAUACAAUUUUCCAGGAUUCUUCAAGUCCUGAACCCUGUCCCGUGCCCAGAAGAGACGCUUGAAAAGGCCCGGUCGCUUGCAAAACGAGUUCAGAUUCCAAACCUACCCUCUCGAGACUCGGUCGAACUGGUGAAAAGCCUCGGGAACUGGGUCUCACGGGAAAGAUCUGCCUUGUUCCUUGUUAAGGUCGGCGCGCGCGCAGAAGCAAACGCAAAGGAGUUUGCCGUGGAUGUAGUGAAGUUAUUGCAGUCAAUGCGAUGUGGUGUCAUCUGGAACCUCUCGUGGAUCAGGUCUCCUGGUAUCGUUCCAUCGAUGACGAGUCUUAUCAAGACUCUCAUAUUCCAGGCCUUGCAACACGAUCAUACGCUACUGAGUAGCUACCCUGAGGAACUCAACGUUACCAAAUUUCAGUCAAAUCACACGGAAGCAGAAUGGAUUUCUCUCCUCUUUCAAAUCCUUUCAAGACUUUCAAAAUGUUACAUCGUUGUGGAGGCAGAGGAUAUCUUCCAGGCCCAUCAGAGCGUGCCUAAAUGGACCGAAGACUUCUUUGGCCUCUUCCAGAGGCUUGUUGACGAAGCUGAAAGCAGCGGAAACCGGCUCAAGAUCCUCGUUCUAGGAUAUGGCUCCACUCUCCCAACCCUGCAAAAUAUGCCUGUUCAGAAUCGCAUCGUGUCGACAAUCCAGCGACCACAGCCCGUGCCGCCGCAUUUGAGGCGACAAUUUGCUUCUAGACAGAAUAAUAUUCUUCUUGCUAGCAAACAGAGAUUGAGGUCCAGGUUCUGA